AUGGGCACAAGCAAUGAAUCCAGCCCAACCCGCCACGGCGGCUCCAUUGCAAUCCUCGACCCCGAAAAACAAACCCCGACUGAACACGAUAAUGGCGCAAACAUUGUCACCGCCUCCAACAAAGCCCUCGACUCCCAGGCUCCCGUCGAUCACGCAGCCGAACGGCAUCUAGUCCGAAAACUCGACUUUUACAUCGUCCCGCCAACCAUGCUACUCUACCUUGUCUCCUUUUUGGACAGAGUCAAUAUUGGCAACGCGCGGUUGUACCACAUGGAAGAGGAUCUGGGACUUCACGGCUCGCAGUAUCAAACAGCUGUGAGCCUGUUGUUCGUGACAUACAUUCUCUGUGAGACGCCGAGCAACCUCGUCAUCAAGAGAUUGAGGCCAAGUCGAUGGAUUGCGUUCAUUACCUUUGCAUGGGGGGUUGUCGCUACUUUGACGGGCAUUGUUCAGAAUUACGGAGGGUUGAUUGCUUGCCGCUUGAUCAUGGGCGCUCUCGAGGCAGGACUCUUCCCAGGUAUGACGAUAUAUCUUACCAUGUUCUAUACCAAAAAGGAAAUUGCACUCAGGGUCGGCUAUCUUUUUGUCUCAGCCGCCCUGUCUGGAAGUGUGGGUGGCCUCCUGGCCUACGGCAUCGGCUUCAUGGACGGGGUGGCAGGCCAGUCAGGAUGGAGAUGGAUCAUGAUCAUAGAGGGCCUUCCUAGCGUUGUGUUGGGUGUCGCAGUCUAUUUCUGGCUCGCCGAUGCACCAGAGACGGCGUAUUAUCUUUCUGAAAAGGAGAGAGAGCUGAUGGUUCUGCGAAAGCGGCGCCAAAUCGGCCAUACGACGUCAGGCGAUUUGCUCCACAAAGAAGACGUGAUGAAAGCCCUCAAGGACUGGAAAGUGUGGAUGUUUGCCUGUGGUCAAUUCGGCGUCGAUACCAUGCUAUAUGGGUAUUCGACCUAUCUGCCCACCAUUAUCAAAGGGCUGGGGGAUUGGUCAACAGCCGAGACACAGGCCCUCACGGUGCCUUGCUACGCGCUCGGGGCAAUCACCUACUUGAUCGUCGCCUGGACAUCGGAUAAAUUCCAGCAUCGAGCGCUCGCCGUGGUUCCUUUCUGUGUGGUGAGCGUUAUUGGCUACGCCAUUCUGAUCGCCGACGUGAGUCCGGGAGCCCAUUAUUUCGGCUGUUUUAUGGUGGCAAUAGGGCUCUACGUCUCGGUGGGCAUUCCUCUUGCGUGGUUGCCAUCCAAUCAACCUCGGUAUGGCAAACGGACCACUGCGAGCGGCAUCCAGCUUACCAUUGGAAACGCAUCUGGUAUCCUGGCACCCUUUCUCUACAAAACCAACGAGGCGCCCCGCUAUGUCCGCGGUCACGCCGUGUCUCUCUCAAUGGUUGCUAUGGGGGGCGUGAUAUAUGCCUUGAUGGGAGCCUAUUUCUUUGGCCGAAAUAAGAGUCGCCGAGCCGGGCAAGAAGAUUCGAAGAUGGCUGGGAAAGCGGAGGAAGAAAUUCCGGAAAUGGGCGACGAAAACCCACGGUACAUGUUUACGUACUGA